AGACAAAUUUGCGCGGGUUCGGACGCGGGACGGUCAGCCAUGGAGGCUUUCCGUGAUAUGGAGGACGUGAGCUUCUGGCUGCUGAACCUGCUGGGUGCCAACCGCGCCGAGACGCAGCAGCGGAAAGUGCUCGGGCGCCACGAGCAGAUGGUGGAGCGGCUGCUGGAGACGCAGGACGGCGCCGACCAGCAGCUUCGCGAGACCCUGGCUGUGGAGGAGGAAGUGGCUCGGAGCCUUCUUGAAUUGAAGGAGUGCACAAGCCUGGGAGGCACGGAGCUACAGCAGCUGGAAGUCGAGAUCCAGAAGGCCAGCAAGGAGGAUGCCUGUGUGCAGGCCAGGCUCUGCCAGCUCACCACAGAGCUGCAGGAGCUCAGGGAGAUGGAGGCGGACCUCCAGCGGCAGGAGAGAGAAAUGGACGAGGACACCACCAUCACCAUCCCCUCUGCAGUGUAUGUGGCUCAGCUCUAUCACCGAAUUAGCAAAAUAGAGUGGGAUUAUGAAUGCGAGCCAGGGAUGAUCAAGGGCAUCCACCACGGCCCCACCGUGGCCCAGCCUAUCCACCUGGACAGUGCGCAGCUGUCCCAGAAGUUCAUCAGCGACUACCUCUGGAGCCUCGUGGACACCACGUGGUAGCCAGGCUUGACCCCACGCCUUGCACAGAAUUGGGGUUGAGGGAGCCCAGCAGGGAUCACUCUAAAAUUAAAUAUCUGUCUGUAAAUUA